AUGAACAACCCUUACAAAGACUGUGGAUUAAUUCGCAAUUACAAACUACUGCUGUUGCAUUUGAAAGAGCGACCUUACAAAUGCGAGUAUUGUGAGAAAGCAUUUUGUCUAUUGCGCACUCUCCGGGUUCACGAAAACUCUGUUCACUUGAAACAGCGACCCUAUGCGUGUGAACACUGUGACACCUCGUUUUCUGAGAAGGGCAGUUUGCGAAGACACCUAAGAACUAUUCAUUUGACACAGCGCCCCUAUACAUGUGAACUAUGUGGUAAAUCGUUUUCACAGAACUAUAAUAUGCGAAAACAUCUCAUCUCUAUUCAUUCAAAUGUUAGACACUCAGCUUCGAAUGACAGCACAGUUGCACAAAUGAAAUUGAGGCAGAAGAGGCAGGUAUAA